AUGUCAAAAUUAAAGAAUGUUGCAGCCAAAUACAAAUUCGAAUCUGACAAAGAAAUGGAAGAAAGGUUAGUGGAUCAACUAAUAUGGGGUUCAUGUCAUCCAGAUGUUCAAAAGAAAUUGAUUGGGCGAUAUGAGAAGCUUACACUCAAAGAUGCGAUAGAUGUAGCCCGCAGUUUUGAGGCAACAAACAAACAAAUGAGAUUGCUUGCAAGUAACCAGGACUAUUCCUCACCAAAAAAAUCUGUGAAUACAAUCAAAAAGUAUAGCAAGCCACGAAGCUACAAGCCACAACAACAGACAAAAAUAUGUAACAAUUGUGGGAAAACGCAUGAUAUUUCUGCACGAAAAAAUUGUCCUGCGUAUAGAUCUCAGUGUCACAAGUGUGGAAAAAUGAACCACUGGCAAUCAGUAUGCAAAUCAUCAAAGAAAAUACAAAAUCGUCCACCAACACAACGCAGUAAUAGACAGCAGAUACAUGAUGUGGGGUACAACACAGAUAUGACGGAAGAAGAAACCCUGACAAUCGGAACUAUUCAUGAAGAUGACAACCGAGAGGAAGUGUAUACAAUACUGCAAAUUGAACGUGCUGAAGUGACACAGAAAAUAAACCUGAAAUGCAAAGUUGACACAGGCGCCCAGAGCAAUGUAGUCCCAUUGCGUCUAUUUCGUAUUAUCUUUCCAGAUAAAAUAGAUAGUAAAGGCAACCCCAAACCAAACGCAUUACAAGGAACAAACAUGAUUCUAUCAGCAUAUGGAGGAUCGCAAAUCAAACAGUUGGGAACAAUAACAAUCCCUUGUCAACACAGAGGAAGGAAAAUUAACUGUAUUUUCUAUGUGACAGAUGCAACAGGUCCUGCCAUCCUAGGCCCAAAAGUACCACCUGUAGUACAUGCAGCUCGUCGAAUACCAAUAGACCUCAGAGACAGACUCAAAACAGAACUAACUGAAAUGAAAAACAAAAAUAUAAUUACCAAAGUUAACCAACCUACUGAUUGGGUCAACUCGCUUGUCAUUCGAGAGAAAGAAAAUGGCAGAUUACGACUGUGCUUGGAUCCCAAAGACUUGAACACUGCAAUCAAGUGGGAACACCACCCUACACCAACACUUGAAGACAUCACACAUAAGCUGACUGGUGCAAAAUUGUUCAGUAAACUCGAUGCUAGGAACGGAUAUUGGAAUGUUAAACUAGAUGAAGAGUCAUCAGUACUAACAACAAUCAACACUCCAUUUGGUCGGUACAGAUUCCUACGAAUGCCAUUUGGACUCCGCAUGAUUCAAGACGUUUUCCAGUUCAAAGUUGAUGAAGCAUAUCGCAACUGCAAAGGAGCCAUAGGCAUAGCAGAUGACAUACAAGUAUAUGGUUCAAAUGAAACAGACCAUGACUUACAUCUACAUGAAGCUAUGGAAGACACCAGACGGGCAGGCAUAAAACUAAACAGAGAUAAAUGUCACAUAAAAAGCAGAGAAUGCAGUUUCUAUGGUAUGAUAUACACCGCUGAAGGAGUUAAACCAAGUCUAGACAAAGUCAGAGCCGUAGAAAUGAUGCAGCCCCCAAAUGACAAGAAAGAACUGCGAACAUUUCUUGGUCUUGUAACAUACAUGGGUCCAUUCAUACCCAAGCUGUCAGACCACACAGCAUUACUGAGAGAACUCAUCAAAGACAACUCAGAAUUCGUUUGGACGCCAACACACACAAAGAGUUUCGACAACACUCGCCUACUAUAA